CAGUCUGCCGACAUUCCACAGACCUUGUGCUCGUAACAUUCAGUUCACUUCAGUCGCCUGCGUAUAACAACGGGAUAGAGCAAACGACUUAGAGGGCCUAUGGAUCUUCGUAUAUUUACUCUCUUGGCUCUGGUAGCGGCCAUCGUGUUGGGGCCCGGAAUGCAGCGGCCGGGUAGUCCUCGACCACCCCCACCGGCUCCGCCAAGACCGAGGCCACCAAAGCCGCCCCCGCGACCACAGCCCCCGCCACCCACGCCGCCAGCAGCAGCUGCGGCUCCAGUUGUCAACCCUCAUCCAACGAGGCGAAUCUGUCUGGGAAUGUUUGAGAAAGAAUCAUUCUAGAGCUUGCUGCGGAACACGUUUGGUUAUUAUCCGUUUUGUCUGUCAACAUGCGCACAGCACAAUGAAUCCAGCAGAAAAUGAUGCAUCACAGGACUCCCUCGAGAAGAUUUGCUACAAUCUGACAAUAAUCGUUGUUAUGAGUUCGGUGUUAGUUCUUUUAUGGCUUUCCGGACGGACUACAAGGGGAAAACUACCACAGGUGUCUGGAAAUGCUGGCGUAGCCUCUGAAAGACGGCUGAAAAUGAGAAGUUGUUUUUGGGAACGCUGUAGCUAUAAAAAUGAAAGGGAGAGU